AUGCAGUCUGCUGGAAAAUCUCUGAAGGAAGCUCUGCUCUGCGCUCAGGGCGAAGAUCGACUCACCGUUGGGGUCUAUGAGAGUGCAAAAAUAAUGACCGAUGAUCCAGACAGUGUGUCCUUCUGCGUGCUUGCCGUGGAUGAGGAUUUUGAGUGUGACAUUGCGCUGCAGAUCCACUUCACCCUCAUCCAGUCUUUCUGCUUCGACAACGACAUCAGCAUCGUCAGAGUGAGCGACAAGCAACGUCUGUCUGAGAUUGUUGCUGGCAAGUCGGAGCAGCUCGAAGAUGCUCACUGUGUCCUCAUCACGAAUCCAUCUGAAGGGGCUUGGGAGGACCCCUCUCUGGAGAAGCUGCACCUGUUCUGCGAGGAGAGCCGGCGUCUGAAUGACUGGGUUCCCGAAAUCAGCCUCCCCGGACGCUGAUGCGGGAUUGGGCUCCCCUAUGUGAAGCUUCCCAUGUGGCAAAGACUCAUCCUGAUUGACAGGAUGAGGCUGUCUCUGCUCGUCUCCUGAGGAGGAUUCCCAAUCCAGGCAGCACGGCGCCGGCCCGAGCGGCCCCCGUGAACCGUCGCCUCUUGUCCCGUCCAUGCCAAGAUGACUCUCAUUCUUUGUGUGAAUGAAGUCAGGUAUGCCUCAAGAGCGACGCAUCGACCCUCAUUCUUUGUGCGGAUGAGGUUUGGAGAGGAAGGAGAAGCGGCGUGUGCGUGCGGUGAUAUCUUGUUCAUGCACGCAGCACACGUCGCUCGUUGAAGCACGCGCAGCAGGAGAAGAAGCGGUGCUGAGGAAGAGGACUUGUUAAAAAGAGACUUUUUAACCAUGGCCUCUUGCAAGACUGAGCAACAUGGCAACAGUUGAAGUCAGCGAAAAUGUUUCCCACUUUCCAGAAUUGUCUUAAUUCUCUAAAGGUUUCACUUUAGAAGUUUAACAAUGAAAAAAACAAACAAACAAACAAACAAACAAACAAACAAACAAGAUAAAUAUUGAAAAAAAAAACUCUGCCUGUUGCCUGAAGGUUUCACUUUAGAAUAUGGCUGAAUAAUGAAAAAUAAUAGGGAAAAAA